UCUUCCCCAGUCUAUCUAAGCCAUAAAUUGAACCUCUCAUAACAUAAACGUUUGACUUGCUUCAUUAUCGUCUCCACCUCUCUCCUUAAGAUGGAGAUUAGGGAAAGGGUUCAAGCUCAGCUUGGUCGUGUCGAAAAGGAGACUAAGCGUCUCGCUUUGAUCCGUGAGGAACUUGAAGGUUUAGCUGACCCCAUGAGGAAAAAAGUUGCUUUGGUCAGGAAGAAGAUUGAUUCUGUCAACAAAGAGUUAAAGCCUUUGGGUCAUACUGUUCAGAAAAAGGAACGAGAGUACAAAGAAGCUCUUGAAGCAUUCAACGAAAAGAACAGGGAGAAGGUGCAGCUAAUCACCAAGCUUAUGGAGCUUAGUCAACUAAUUAUUGAAUAUAGUAAUUGGAGAUCGUGUUUGAAUAAUUGGUUUAAUUGGUUUAAGCUCUUGAAGCAUUCAACGAAAAGAACAGGGAGAAGGUGCAGCUAAUCACCAAGCUUAUGGAGCUUAGUCAACUAAUUCUCGAACUGUACAUUGUAAUCGGAGAAAGAAAAAAAAUAAAAAUCAACCGAAUACUUUUAAGGUA